CAUGCGCUGUCUGGAGCAAACGGAGCGAGGGGCGGGUGCGCCUGCGCGCUGCGCUCGCUCGGUGUCUGUCAGACGGGUCGGCGACCUCGUUCCCCCUCACAAACCCGACAGCCGCAUCCCGGAGAGCGGGACACGGACCGGUCACCACAGGCAAAGCACCGGCUCUGGUUCACAGCACGAGCGGCUGGAGGAAAGGCCUGCGGCCUUGUCUUCUGGGCGACAGGGUUCCGAGGAAAUCGGAGCACCCGUAGGAAACCCACGCAGACACAGGAAGAAUGUGCAAACUCCACCCAGAGAGUCGCUUGAGAUUGGAAUUGAGCCAGAGUCCCUAGCUGUGAGGCAGCAGUGCUCAUCGCUGAGUCCCAGCCCUUCUGGGGACUUGUCGGAAAUGUCUAUGGUCCUGUUUGCAUCUGUUGUGCGUGUCAGAGAUGGCCUCCCGCUUUCUGCUUCCACAGAUUUUGAACACAAUAAAGGAGUGCAGGAAGUCAAGAAGCAUCUUAAAGUGCUGUCAAAAAAACUAAACCAUCUGCCUGACCGAUGCACCCUGAAAAGUGUACAGUACAAUAUACAUUUUAUAAGCUCAUUGGGACUCGGGUAUAUGAUGAUCUGCUCUGAGAAUUAUCCAAAUGUCCUCGCUUUCUGUUUCUUGGAUGAACUGCAAAGAGAAUUUAUAACGUUAUAUGACACGAUGAGGAUAAAUAUUGCUGUCAGGCCAUACUCCUUCAUAGAAUUUGAUAAUUUUAUCCAGAAGACCAAGCAGAGAUACAAUAACCCUCGGUCUCUGUCAACAAAGAUAAAUCUUGCUGACAUGCAGACGGAGAUCAAGUUGAGGCCGUCUCAUCAGCUAACUAUGCUAGAUGUUGGAACAGUGAAUGGUAAUGUGCAUGCACAUUCCACCCCUUCCAAGGGAAUAGCUCCAAAUCAAAGGCUGGAACCAGUAACGCUACCGGGAAUCAUAUCUUGUUUACUAUGUUUACUGUGCGCAGCUUUAAAUCUAAUCCGUGCAUUUCAUGCAAUGGAAAAUGUAUUUCAGGAUGAUGAGGAGGAAUUCAACAACAUUGCUGUCUUUUUCAUCGGUACUGCUGCAUGUUUGUAUCAGUGUUACCUGCUAGCAUGUUACAGCGGACGUAGGAACUUGAAAUCUUUUCUGAUGUUCGGCUUGGUCUGCCUGUGCAAUCUGUACCUGCAUGAACUCCGCAAUACCUGGCAAAUUCUCUUUCAUGUCACAGUUGCUGCAUUUGCUACUCUGCAGACACGGAUGAGGCAGCCACAGGGAAAGGCACCAGACUACAACGUGUGACAAUCUGUGACUGCGGAAAGCAGCUGUUUUGAGAGAUUUGUAAUUCUGCAGGAAGCACAUGAUGGUGUGGAACAAAUAAUUAGCUUCUUUUUGCAAAACAAAAGGACAAGAAAUGAGCCCAAAUGGGGGAAAAUUGUGUUAGAGUUCUUCAAAGCAUUGUGACCAAAUGCUGCCAUUCUGAAACUGAGCGCUACAAAUCAAAAUUGAGGAUGCAUCUGUGCUGCCAGCCCAUUCAUGUCCCACUGCUGCAAUACAUGUAUAAAACAUCACCUGUUCCAGCAUGAAGCUAGAAAAUUGUGGAUAUUAUGUUAAUUCAGUCCAAACAAAGAACUACUGUGAGCCUUGCCCUUUUUAUACUGAAAUUUAUUUUGAUUCUAUUUUUCUCUACAGAAGAUAGUUAUCAGGGGUAUGGCUCUGUUGGCCCUGGCACCUUAGCCACCUUAACCUUAAUCACCCUUAAUUAAGCAGCCAUUUUGUUUGUGUGUGUGUGUGUGAGAGAGAGAGAGAGAGAGAGAAGGUCCUGCAAGUGUUGCGUUAGAAGGUGUGGCCUGGGCCAGAGAUGCUAACACAUACCGAGAAACUGCAGAACCGUCUGAGGAUGCUGAGUCUCUGGUGAGGUAUCUUUUCCCUGGGGCACUCAUAAUAGGUCCCCAAGCUUAUCUUAGCAUUUCCCAGCUACUAUUAAUCCUUCAUUCACUACCGCUUCCAGUGAACUAUCAAGUCCAUUCCUUUUUUUUAAACUUGCUUUCUUUAGUUCUGACCCUUCCUGAAUGUUCCUAUAUCCACAGUCAAGUGGACCCACAGUCAGACCUCCUUGCCUGUGCCAGUAUAGGAGGCUGAAGACAAGUGCUUAUUACACCUUAUAGUUUUUAUUUGCAUUGACAUGCACUUGUGAAGAAUCUAGCCUUUGUUUCAGGACUUGCCUUUCUGAGUUCAAGGUUUUAAAUUUGUGAGCAAUCAGCUGAAAUGAACCUGCUGUGUCCCAGCCCAUAGCACAGUCCCUUCCCACUCCAGCACAUUGUGCCUCUGUUACCUGUCGGGUUCUAGAUAAAUUUCCAAUCAGUUUUUCAUAGAAGUGGGAGAGACGUGGGCUGUAUUGGGAAAGGUAUCAUAUGUGCAAAUGUCUAUAUACAAUGCAUGAACAUGUUCCAAACUUUUGUAGAAAAUUGAUAAGAAAUAAAAUAUGUAAGAUAUAUAUUUAGAGAAACUAGUAAUCCCAAAUGUUUCUCCAGCAAAAAAAAUACACUGAAGUCAACUUGUAUAUUUGAUAAAGCCUGCAGUAUGGUAAAUAGCUGUUAUACGCCCAAAAAAACAGAACAACGCAGCACCUAUAUCUGUAUCCUAAAUAAAAUUAAAAUGUUGCUGGAAAUACUCUGCAGGUUUUCAGCAGUUGUGGGGUCAGAAACAGAGUUAACAUUUCAGGCCUGUAACCUUUUGUAAUGACUGUCAGAGCUUGCCAGUGAAAGAUUGAAACAAGUAGUUAUUUCCUAAGCCUUUGGAUGCAAUUUCAGGCCCCAUUGAUUUGUGCUCUUUCUAGAAUUUUUUUGCCCCCGUGUGUUGUUGGAAGGCAUGGCUCAUUUCCCCACAGCCCCAAAUUACAACAGGCAGUGUGUUGAUGCAACAGCCACUUUGGUGGUAGAAGUAACUUGUAAAUAAAAUUGUAAAGAAAAAAAUUGGUUAACAUAAGUAAGCAGUGAUUAAUCAGGACAUCCCAUGACAAUGAGUGAUUUAGUACUGUAUAGUGUAGUGGUAAUGACACUUGACUAGUUAUGCAGGGGUCUGGGUUUAAAUCCCACCCUUGCAAGAUAAGUUAUUUUUUAAAAUUCAUUCAUAGGAUGUGGGCAUUAAUGGUUAGGCCAGCAUUUAUUGCCUAUCCCUAAUUACGCAGAGGGCAGUUAAAAGUCAACCACAUUGCUGUGGGUCUAGAGUCACACGUAGGCCAGACCAGGUCAGAACGACAAAUGUCCUUCCCUGAACGACACUGCUGAACCAGAUGGGUUUUUCUGACAAUGGUUUCAUGUUCAUCAGUAGAUUCUGAAUUCCAUGUUCUUUUUUGAAUUCCGAUUCUACCAUCUGCCAUAUGGAAUUUGAAACCAGCUCCCCAGAACAUUAGCUGGGCUUCUGGAUUGGCAAUCCUGACAUAGUAUUACCAGGCCAUUGCCUCUGUGGAAUUUACAUUUAAUUGAUUAAUCUGAUAUCGAAAACUAGACAAUAAUGAUGGCCAUGAGAACUAUUCCUGAUUGUUGUAAAAGUCCACCUGAUUCACUAAUAUCCUUUGGAGAGUAAGAGUUCACAUCGUAGCAGUAGGGGAGACGAUGAUGUAAUGGUAAUGUGUAUGGCACAGUGACACUCAGUCUUCCUACAGAGGGAACAUGGCACAGUGGUUAUAGCACUACUACCUCCCAGAACCAGGGACCUAGGUUCAAUUCCAGUCUCUGUGGCCAUAUGGUUGGAGUUUGCACGUUCCCGCCAUUGCAGAAUCAUAGCCCUACAAUGUGGAAGCAGACCAUUGGGCCCAAGAAGUCUCACCAACCCUGUUAAGGGUAUCCCAGCCUAUCCCUGUAACUCUGCAUUUUCCCAUGACUAACCUACCUAGCCUGCACAUCCUUGGCCUGUGGGAGGAAACUGGGGCACCCAGAAGGAGCCCACACUGACACUGGGAAUGUACAAGCUCCAAACGGGCAGUCACCCAAAGUUGGAAUCAAACCCUAGUCUCAGCAUUGCUGCCUCACAGCACCAAACCGCUGAGCCACCAUGCUGCCCGAUGUCUGUGUGGGUUUCUGCUGGAUGCCCCCACCGUUCAAAAGAUGUGCAGGUUAGGUGAAUUAGCCUAGUUAAAUUACCCCAUAGUGUCCACGGAUGUGCAGGUUAGGUGGAUUAACCAUGUCAACCAUUAACCAAAUAUGGGGUUACAGGUAUAGGUUGAUUUGCCUGUAUAACUAAAUCCUGGAUUCUUAAAAAUAAUUCUAGACAUUAGGUCUGUAGCUGAACAAAAGAGUUAGCAAUUCUUAGCAAUACAGUAAAUUUAGCAAAGUAAAAUUAAGCAAGAUUUGAACCCAAUAACCAUUGUUUUCAGCUCCAUUCACUCAAAAGGCAUGCAGACAAACACAUUUAUGGGAUAAAUAAAAGGAAAAUAACAGAACUGGCCAGAUUACUUAAAUGGAGCACUUAGAUCAAGAAUCAACAUGCAAACAGCUUUCUGGCCUGACCUCCCAAGUUUGCCUUUUGUUAACACAAGCUGCCACCCACAGUCCAAAAGUCAUCAUCAACUCUGCUUCAUAACUCCAAAUAUUUGUAAAAGAAAAUAAUGAAAACAUAAGUGAGGGCUCUAACAAAUGUCUCUGGAAUAGCAAUACAGAACCUCAGACUCAUGCUAUCAGAUAUGGGUUUGAAUGCUGUCAUGAAAGACGGUGAAAUCUGGAAUUAAAAAGCUAAUAGUGACCAUUGCUGAUUGUCUAAUGAUCGCAUGGAAGUUUUACAGGUUUUAGUGUAAUAGCCUUUGAUAUUUUUCUAUGGCUGGAGGCAGAUGAUUCAUCUCCAACUUCACUGACUCACUUUAGCCGGAUUAUCUACACAAUGCAGGGACGUCAGAAUCUUCACUGAUUUGAUCAUGUGGCCAUUUUGAGUCUGGCAAUGAUAUCCAUUUUAAAAAUAAACAAUUUAAACACAAGCAUAGAAGAGAAUAUAGUUUAUUGUCUUCCAUUGACAUUCAAUGGCAUUACCAUUGCUGAGUUCCCCAAACAACCAAUAUGCUGGGGUUAUCAUUGACUAGAAACUGAACUGGACCAGCCAUAGAAGUUCUGUGGCUACAAAAGGAAAUCAGCGACUGGGAAUCCUGCAGUGAGUAACUCAGUACCUGAGUCCACAAAGCCUGUCUACCAUCUACAAGGCACAAGUCAGGAGUGUGAUGGAAUACUUCCCCACUUGCUUGGAUAAGUGCAGCAGCAACAACGCACAAGGCUUGACUCCAUGCAAGACAUAGCAACCCACUUUAUUGUCAAUCCAUUCACCAAGUUGAAUAUUCACUCCCUUCACCAAAGGUGCACAAUGGUAGUGCACCAUCUCUGAGAUGCACUGCAGUCACUUACUGAGGGUCUUCUGUCAGCAGGAGAAAGUGAGGACUGCAGAUGCUGGAGAUCAGAGCUGAAAAUGUGUUGCUGGAAAAGCGCAGCAGGUCAGGCAGCAUCCAAGGAACAGGGGAUUCGACGUUUCGGGCAUAAGCCCUGAAGAAGGUAGUUAAAGACAGAGAGUGAGGGAAGAAAGAUGCCUUAGCAAUAUUCCAUGCUCGUUCCCCACGAAUGAAUAAAAAGCAGAGCUCCUAACUGACCUCUUAAAGUGCCCGAUAGGCCAAUCAAAUCAUGGCAAUUAGGGACGAUUAGAUUAGAUUACAGUGUGGAAACAGGCCCUUUUGCCCAACAAGUCCACACUGACCCGCCGAAGCAUAACCCACCCAUACCCCUAUAUUUACCCCUUACCUAACACUACGGGCAAUUUAGCAUAGCCAAUUCACCUGAACCUGCAUAUCUUUGGACUGUGGGAGGAAACCGGAGCACCCGGAGAAAACCCACGCAGACACGGGGAGAACGUGCAAACUCCACACAGUCGCCUGAGGCGGAAAUUGAACCCAGGUCUCUGGCGCUGUGAGGCAGCAGUGCUUGCCACAGUGCCGUCCUAAGAUUAAGAGAGGCCAAUGAGGCUGCUUUCCACAAUUACAAUUUUAAGAAAUGAAAUCCUGGUUGAAGUUAUUCAACAGGAGGAGGCUAUUUAGCCUUUUGAACCUCUUCUGUCUUUCAGUGAGGUCAUGGCUCGUCUAUAAGCUGGCUCCAUGCUCCCUAGUAUCUUUGGGAAGAGAAGGGAGUUUCACUGUGUACAUCAGCUUGGCUAAAAUGUCACAUUUAAAUGAUGUAGAUAG